GUUUCUUCAACAACAACAGCUAGUCAGACACCUACCGAGCUUGCUAGACAACAAAGCCGAAACAUUAAAGCUAUUUAGACUGCUCCGGUGUAUUACUACCUAUGUUUUAAACACACUUCUGUCGUAUCUACUUGUUAUCCCAUUUAAUUUAAUAUUCAUGCCUACGUUGUUAGUUACCGUAGUCAUCUACCCGUCUGGUUAAGAUAGCAGUAGCUCCAGGCUAAUCGUUAAUGCUAACUAGUUAGCUAGAUAACAUCCCCGACCAUGAGUUCACUGAGCUACUCUCCUCCUGAUAAAGAAGAGGAGGUCUGCUGGACGGAGAAAGAGGGUCUGUGGCUGAACGUUGUCGUGAAAGAAGAGAAGGAAGAGGAGGAUGUUACAAUACAAAAACAAGUAGAGGGUGAGGCUGUUACAGUGAAGGAAGAAGAGAAAGACGUUUCAGUGAAAGAAGAGGAAGACGAGUUCAGAGUGAAAGAGGAGGAGGAUGUUACAGUAAAAGAAGAGGAAGAGGGGGAGGAUGUUACUGUGAAAGAAGGGGAAGUGAAAGAGGUGGAUGCAGUUUUUGGAGUGAAAGAGGAGGAGGGUGAGAUUACCGUUACAUUGGGGGAGGAGGAACAAGAAGAGAAGACCGGAGAUCUGAUUACCACCAGAGAGAAACCAGACUCUCACUCUGACAGCGGGAAGAGUCCUUCAGGGGAACCAGACCCAGAGACGCCCAAACCAGCAGGAAAACACCACUGUUCCCUCUGUGGAAAGAGUUUUACUAAGUUGGGCAACCUGAAAGCGCAUGAGAUAAUACACACAGGAGAGAAGCCUUACCACUGCUCCCAAUGUGGAAAGAGUUUUACCUGGAUAGGGAACUGGAAAACACACGAGAAAAUACACACAGAAGGGGAGGAAGACUUUCCACUGCUCCCAAUGUGGAAAGAGUUUUACCAAGUCAGGGUCCCUGAAAAUGCACGAGAGAAUACACACAGGUGAGAAGCCUUACCACUGUUCCUAUUGUGAAAAGAGUUUUAGGUGGUUGGUGACCAUGAAAACUCACGAGAAUACCCACACAGGAGCAAAGCCAUACCAAUGCUCCCUGUGUGGAAAGAGUUUUACCCAGCUAGGAGGCCUGAAUAGACAUGACAGGACACACACAGGAGGGGAUAAGACAUACCACUGCUCCCAGUGUGGAAAGAGAUUUAACCGGUUAAGGCAUCUGAAUAAGCAUGAAAGAAUACAUACACAGGAGGAGAAGACAUACCACUGCUCUCAUUGUGGAAAGACAUUUUCCCGGGCAGAGGACCUGAAAUCACAUGAGAGAAUAGAGAGGCUGUGUUCUGACUUGUGUUUUUGACCUGAGAAUUUAGGUUUUUGUUUAUGGGCCAUUCCACUGUAACGGAGUGAUGCUGAGACUCACGUUUCCAUUUUAAAAUGUAUGCCAAGAAAAAAACAUUGAUUGCAAAGUUUAACAAACAAUACACCUACAGUACCAGUCAAAAGUUUGGACACACCUACUCAUUAAAGGGUUUUUCUUUAAUUUUUGCUAUUUUCUACAUUGUAGAAUAAUAAUGAAGAUAUCAAAACUAUGAAAUAACACACAUGGAGUCAUGUAAUAACAAAACAAGUGUUAAACAAAUCAAAAUAUAUUUUAGAUUCUUCAAAGUAGCCACCCUUUGCCUUGAUGACAGCUUUACACACUCUUGGCAUUCUCUCAACCAGCUUCACCUGGAAUUAUUUUUCAACAGUCUUGAAGGCUUUCCCACAUAUGCUGAGCACUUGUUGGCUGCUUUUCCUUCACUCUGCUGUCCAACUCAUCCCAAACCGUCUCAAUUGGGUUGAGGUCAGGUGAUUGUGGAGGCCAGGUCAUCUGAUGCAGCGCUCCAUCACUCUCCUUCAUCACUCUCCUUCUCCUUCACUCUCCUUCAAAUAGCCCUUACACAGCCUGAAGGUGUGUUUUGGGUCAAUGCCCUGUUGAAAAACAAAUGAUAGUCCCACUAAAUAAAUCACUGACAGAGUCACCAGCAAAGCACCAUCACACCUCCAAGCUUCACUGUAGGAGCCACACAUGCGGAGAUCGUCCGUUCACCUACUCUGCGUCUCACAAAGACACAGCAGGUGCAACCAAAAACCUCACAUUUCGACUCAUCAGACCAAAAGACAGAUUUCCACCGGUCUAAUGUCCAGUGUUUCUUGGCCCAAGCAAGUCUCUUCUUCUUAUUGGUGUCCUUUAUUAGUGGUUUCUUUGCAGCAAUUCGACCAUGAAGGCCUGAUUCACAUAGUCUCCUCUGAACAGUUGAUGUUGAGAUGUGUCUGUUAUUUGAACUCUGUGAAGCAUUUAUUUAAGCUGCAUUUUCUGAGGCUGGUAACUCUAAUGAACUUAUCCUCUGCAGCAGAGGUAACUCUGGGUCUUCCUUUUCUCUGGCGGUCCUCAUGAGAGCCAGUUUCAUCAUAGCGCUUGAUGGUUUUUGUGACUGCACUUGAAGUUUCAAAGUUCUUGACAUUUUCCAGAUUGACUGACCUUCAUGUCUUAAAGUAAUGAUGGACUGUCUUUUCUCAUUGCUUAUUUGAGAUGUUCUUGCCAUAAUAUGGGCUUGAUCUUUUACCAAAUAUCUUCUGUUUCCAACCCCUGGCUUGUCACAACACAACCGUUUGGCUCAAACUGAUUAUGAAGGAAAGAAAUUCCACAAAUGAGCUUCUAACAAUUAAAAUGCAUUCCAGGUACCUCAUGAAGCUGGUUGAGAGAAUACCUAGAGUGUGCAAAGCUGUCAUCAAGACAAAGGGUGGCUACUUUGAAAAGUCUAAAAUAUAAAUAUAUUUUAAUCUGUUUAACACUUUUUUGGUUACUUCCAUAUGUGUUAUUUCAUAGUUUUGAUGUCUUCACUAUUAUUCUACAAUGUAGAAAAUUGUAAAAAAAUAAAAAAUAAAAUAAAAAACCUUGAAUGAGUAGGUGUGUCCAAACUUUUAAUUGGUGCUGUACAUUGUUUGACUGAAUGAAUCAGAAAUUGCUUUAAAUGUAGAUGUUUAGUUUGUGUGAAGUUUGUUUUAAAUUCCCACUCAUUAAAAUUCUGAACUAAUCAAUCAA